GAAGAACCGAAGAUCAACGAAUUUCCCAAAUUCAUCUCUGUAUCAUCCAACAGUGAGGAAUUGUUGAAGAUCAGCGAUGCAACAAGGUGAUUACAGCUCCUACUAUCAAUUUCCUCACCUUCCAAAUCCUAAGCCUAAGCCUAACCCCAAUCCCAAUCCCGUUUCCAACCCCACUGAUUUGCAUCAGCCGCCGUACGCAUCGGCACCGCCUUUCACCUCUGGGUACGUCUCCUCUGAUUACCCCGUCCAUCCACCGAAUUACCCCCCGUAUCCCCACAGUUCCGAUCCUGUCCCUCCCACCGCUCCCUCAUACACCCCACCGUCAUCGACGACACCACCGGCCGCAAAUUUUAGUCCACAGACCUCUUUCAAUCAACCGCCGCCACCACCGCCGCCGCCACAGACGUCAGCCCCUUCGUUUCCGCCAUAUGAUUCUCAUGGCGCAUACCAGCCUCCUACAUCUCAGCCACCGUAUUUCCCACCUUACGAUCAGCAUCAGACUGCUUCCAAUUACACCCCUCCGCCGCCAAAUCCUGAGCCUAAUCUCCAUCUAUCGUACUAUUCAGCUUCGUAUUCCCCUGUAGGAUCAUCGAUGUUAUCAGUUCCCCCUACUUACAACAACCAGUAUGAGAAUUCGAUGAAAUUUGAUCAUGGAAGUGGCUAUUUUGAUGAUAAAUAUGGGGGUUAUAGUAGAAGCAGAUCCGAUUUGGGUCCAGAUCUUUACGGGAAGCGAUCAGAGAGCCAUUCAGGAUAUAGCGAUGACGGAUAUGGGGACGGUGUGUUUGCUUAUCAAGGUGGCAAGGUGGAGCCGCAUGGGGCACGUGGUACGGCCCCAAAGUCGUCCUCUUCUGCCAUUUUCGAUGAUUAUGGCCGGCCCAUUGGUUUUUCUUCUGGGAAGGAUUCGUCCCUUGGAUCAGCUUUGGGUUCAGCUAAGAUCGUGCGAGCUGUGCCGAAGGCAGACACUCAGCAGGAUGUCAAGAGUGGGGUGCUGAAGUUUCGGGUGAAGUUAUUGCCUGAAAGUGGUGGACAGAGCACCAUGGAUGUGCUCUGCCAGAUUGGUUUGGAUGGUAUUCGAAUGCUUGAUCUGAGUACCAGUCGUACACUGAGGAUCUAUCCUCUUGAGACCAUCACAAGAUGUGAUGUGACCGAUUCAUCUACCUUGGCAUUUUGGUCCAAAAGCUCGGUUGAUAUUGAACCAAGGCGAAUCAGGUUGCAAUCAAAUAGUUACACUACAAACACCCUUCUUGAUACAAUAACAGCUGCAACUGUACAGAUCAAGGAGAUGGGUAGCAGGAUCCGGCCUUCUGAAACUGUAAAGACAGCUGAACAGCCUGGUGAAAGGAGGAAAGGAUUUGCUGAUUGGAUGAAUUUGAUGAAGCCUGCCAAUGAAGAGAAAGAUCAUUGGGUCCCUGAUGAAGCUGUUUCAAAGUGUACAUCAUGUGGGACAGAUUUUGGGGCUUUUGUACGUAAGCAUCAUUGCCGGAACUGUGGUGAUAUUUUCUGUGACAAGUGUACCCAUGGUAGAAUCGCUCUCACUGCAGAUGAGAGUGCUCAGCCAGUUAGAGUUUGUGACCGGUGCAUGGCUGAAGUGACACAGAGGUUGAGUAAUGCUAAAGAAGCAGCAAGUAAACCUGCAGGUUUGCAAAGUCAUGAGGAUCUUGCGAAGAAGCUUCAGGAGGAGAUGGAAAGGAAUCGCAGAGCAUCUUCAGGUUCCAAGUCUGAUGGAUCUGGGAGACGGAUGAAGGAAGUUGCUUGUCCCAUCUGCACUGUUCAUUUACAGGUUCAAGUUCCCAGCUCAGGCUCAGAGACCAUUGAGUGCGGGGUCUGUCAGCAUCCCUUCCUUGUGAGUGCUCAUUGAUCUGAAUGCAGUUCAAUCUCGUAUGGAUCUUAAGUAGUAUUACUUUGUUGAGGUUUUGAUUAUCAAUAACUUCUAUUGGCCUGUGUCGAAUCAUUUCCUUCAUUGUUCCAAAACUUUGUUCAGCUGAUUUCAUCUCUUCCAAUUUGUGUGUACAUGAAGUUUCUCGUUGAUGCCAAUCACCCGAGUGAUGCCUUGUGUAUAAUACUGAAAGUUAUUAUUAAAUGAAUGUAUGUAUUAUUU